AUGAAAUGGGUUGUGAUAAUAGUACUCCUCCAACUGCUGCAAAAAAUAAAGGGCGAGCAAUCCUAUGAGGUUACCAAUGAAAGGCUGGAGCCCUUCGAGGGCGAUUCCCAAACUUUAGUGAUCUUCGAUAGCCUGAAAACUAUUGGCCGGGAGAGAGCUCUAAACGGAUCCUUCAAAUUCAUCGGCGAGAUGAACAAUGAUGACUUCAAGGUGUCCGUGGAACUCUAUUCGAGUCCCAAUGGCGAUGGGGAGUUCAAGAGAAUGGUCAUGGAUGUGCCGCAAACUAGCAUAUGCGAUUGCUUCAAGAAGUUUUAUGUCCAGUUUGUGCAGCCCUCUCUGAAGUCCGGAGAAACCACCAAUUUCCCCGUUGUCGACGACGAUUUCUGUCCAGUUCCCGAAGGCGAGUUCUACAUUAAAAACGUUCUCCUGAACACGCAGGAUUGGCCCUCGCAGGUUCCUCGAGGAAUUGUCAAGGCCAUCAUUACUUUCUUCAGUGGUGGCGAAAACGUUGGAGGCCUAAUAGUGGAGGUCAAAAUUGAGGAUCGACAAAGUUAGAGUGGCUUAAACUACUACCAAAUCAUGUAGUAAAUCAAGUUCUCUGAGCAUCGUCACAACGAAAACUCUUUGAUAUUAAAGAAAGUUUUGUUUGUAGUUUAGGUGACUUACACAAUUCUAAAAAUAAAUGUCUUUGAACG